UUGAAUACAAUAACAGUAAAUCAAAGAAAGUCUUCAGGACAAACAUAAGCGUGCAGAUGCCGUCGACUUUUUUACAAAGCCACAAGGGCGUUUUUUGUAUACAUUGCAAGAAAAUAAAAGAAAGCUUUUGGAGGCAUCGCAGGUAUGACCAGGGUACCAAUCAGUUUGAGCAGAUCCGCAGACGGGCGUACACGUGACUUUAUAUCAAAUUACUUGAGAAAGUGUUUCUGUCGAAGAGACGAUAAAUCAGCCGACAUGAUCGUGGCAGAAGCCUGGAGGUCCAGUUAUAUCUUCUGGGUGUUCCCGCUCCUCAUCGUGCUGGUCAUCCUCGCUGUGCUUGGCGUCUUCACCGUCCUCCUCGGAAUCAGGUUAUACGCGCAAUACACCUGCGGCCGCUACCGUGGUAAAGCCAGGAUGGACGGCAAGACAGUGAUCGUGACCGGCUGCACCAGCGGUAUAGGUCGGGAGACGGCCAAAGAGUUGGCCAAGCGGGGCGCUACGGUCAUCAUGGCUUGUAGGAAUGUUGAGGCGGCUGAGAAGAUUAAAGAGAAAAUCAUCGACGCCACAAAGAACACCAAAGUCGAAGUGAAGAAGCUGGACCUCAGUUCCUUCUCCUCCGUCCGCGCUUUCGCAGAAGACAUCAACAAAAACGUCCAAAAACUAGACGUGCUCAUCCACAAUGCCGGCUACGCUGAAACCUUCAAGAGAAACAAGUCUCAGGAUGACAUUGAACUAACAAUGGCUACGAAUCAUUACGGUCCUUUCUUGCUAACGCAUCUUCUCAUUGAUUUAUUGAAGAAAAGCGCGCCAUCACGAAUUAUCGUCGUCGCUUCUUCCCUUUAUCGCCUAGCUACGUUUAAUCUUGAAAAUCCUAACCCAACAUCAACUUUACCAGGCUAUUUGUACUACGCGUCAAAGGAAGCUAACAUCCUCUUCACCAAAGAGCUGGCAAGGCGUUUAGAAGGUACCGGAGUUACAGCCAACUGUCUUCAUCCAGGCAUGAUUGACAGCGGAAUCUGGAGGUCUGUCCCUGCGCCUUUAAGCUGGGGUCUUUGGGCUAUCAACAAAUGCUUCUUCAAGACUCCAUUCCAGGGUUGUCAGACAUCAGUUAUGCUAGCUGUAGAUGAACAGCUUGAGAAGGUUACUGGAAAGUAUUAUUCGGAUUGUGCAGAGAGCGCGUUGUCGGAGUCCGUUUCUGAUCCGCAAAGGGCGAGGAAGCUUUGGGAAGUGUCGGAGAAGAUGGUGAAACUUGAGGAGAAUGAUCCGAGGAUUGAAGCGGGAGUACAGCAAUAAGAGCAUAUUGAAAUGGCAAGAAAAUGAAACAGCAGACAUAUUUUACAUUUGAAACUAGCGUUGGGGAUUUUGACAGUAUCAGCAAAGCAAAGUACUUAUAGCAACAGCAAAGCACUUUUGUUUUUUUUUAUUAAGUAAUUCAUCAGACAAAGCCUUUUGAUUUGUCUGUUUUAUUAAGUAGGUAAUUGGAUCAGUAGGUAGGUCUCCAACGAGAUGUCGCUUGUUGUAUCAUGGCGACCCUGUGAGAGUCCUGUCUUUGGAAAUCUUGAAAAGAUUUAAAGAUAAACAAAAGUGCCAGUUUUCUCGCCUUGCCGUCGUUAUUAAAUCUUUUAAAAUGCGAUAUGCGAUGCAUAGCUCGAAUUUAAUCUUUUGUAUUACUUGUAGUUGAUGUUCAAGUUAGGAGUAGAAGGC